AUGCCGAGCAGCUCGGCUUCACAAGUCCCGGGCGUCGAGCCCACGCCCUGGCCCGACUGCCCCGACGCUGUCGCCGCCGCCACCAAGCCCGCCAAGGGCUUGCCCGUUUGGGCGCAAUGGUUCCUGCCGUUUGCCACGGCAUUGGUCACGGCGCUGCUGCUCCUGUUCGGGCAGUGGGUGGCUCGCGAGGCCGACUCCGCCACCGCCGACAAGCCCUGGCCGGCCCGCCUCUACAACCGGGUCCUUCUCGCGGGUGGUCGUGGUGGUGUCGCGGCUGCGCUUGUCUCAGCUGGGGGCGCCUGUGCUGCGGUCUCUGGCGGUGUCGUGGGUGGCGCUGCUGCCGGCGGUGGGCGCGCUGCUGUCACUGGUGCGGGUCUGGGUGGUGCCGUUGUGGGCAGCGGUGCUGGCGGCGGUGCUGCGGGUGCCGGUGCCGGUGCCGGUGCUGGGGCCGGCGGUGCCGCGGCUACGGGCGGCGGCGGUGGCAGCGACAGUGGCAGCGACAGUGGCGGUGACGGUGCGGGUGCCAGGGGUGCCGCGCCUGCCGACGGCGUCUGCCAACGCGGCGGUUACCCGUCCGAGACGGGCAGCUAUUACUAG